AUGGCCGACCGCGGUGUCGAUUUGUCGGCUCUCCCUAAGGAGGUCAGAGACCAUCUGGCGGAGUUGGACCUGGAGCUGUCAGAAGGUGACAUCACGCAAAAGGGCUAUGAGAAGAAACGGACCAAACUGUUGGCUCCCUACAUCAUCCAUACUCCAGUGGAGCCGCCCCACCAGAAUGACCUGCAGGCCCCUGCUCCCAGUUCCUCCUCCAGCCACGCCUCUGCCCCCUCCGGCUCGUCCCGCUACCGGGAGCGCCGAUCUCGCCGGCCGCACCGCAGUGGAGGAACCAGGGAUGACCGCUACAGAUCAGACAUCCACAGUGAAGCGGUGCAAGCUGCGUUGGCUAAGCAUAAGGAAGAGAAGAUGGCACUGCCCAUGCCUACCAAACGCCGAUCCACAUAUGUCCAGUCUCCUGUUGAGACCCGCACCCCACCCGACUCCUCGUCGUGCUCUGAGGAUGAGGGAUCUCUACGCAGGCAGUCGUCAGGGUGCGCACCUCGGUCUCUGCUCAGUCCCAACCUGCAGAGCCCUGACUCCUGGAUUAACCGCUCCGUCCAGGGCUCCUCCACCUCCUCCUCCGCCUCUUCCACCUUGUCUCACGGAGAGAGCAAGCCCCAGCCUCAACCUCAACCUCAGCCCCAGCCGCAGCAUCAGGCCCAGCCCCAGUACAAACCCCAGUACCAGCCUCAGUACCAGCCUCAGUACCAGCCACAGUACCAGCCACAGUACCAGCCUCAGUACCAGCCAAAAUAUCAGCCACAGAGCCAGCCGCAGAACCAGCCGCAGGCAGCAGCUGUGACAGACAUGAUGGCUCACACUUGCAUUGUGCCCCCGGAGAACAGCGGCCCCCCUCCCGAUGUGACGGCUGUGGCCCCUGCAGCCAGAGGCCCCAGAGUGGACCUGCCCUCCAACGCUGUGGUCCGCGGGAUGACGCGUGGGCAGAGCCGCUCCAGCAUGAUGGAGACCGCAGACGGGGUGCCUGUGAACAGCAGGGUGUCCACGAAGAUCCAGCAGCUCCUCAACACCCUGAAGAGGCCCAAGAGGCCCCCGCUGACCGAGUUCUUCGUGGAUGACACCGAGGAGAUCGUAGAGGUGCCCCAGCCGGAUCCCAACACACCCAAACCGGAGGGCCGUCAGAUCAUCCCGGUGAAAGGGGAGCCCUUGGGCGUGGUCAGUAACUGGCCCCCAGCUUUGCAGGCUGCCUUGGCUCGAUGGGGAGCGACACAGGGCAAAAGCCCCGCGCUCACUGUCUUGGACAUCUCGGGCAAGCCCCUCUAUACCCUGACCUAUGGGAAACUAUGGAGUCGCAGUGUCAAGCUGGCCUACACCCUCCUGAACAAGCUGGGCACCAAGAACGAACAGGUCCUCAAGGCUGGAGACAGGGUGGCGUUGGUGUACCCCAACAGCGACCCUGGCAUGUUCUGGGUGGCCUUCUACGGCUGUCUGCUAGCUGAGGUCAUCCCAGUACCUAUUGAGGUCCCACUGUCUCGGAAGGACGCAGGAAGUAGCCAGGUUGGCUUCCUGCUGGGCAGCUGUGGUGUGGCGCUCGCUCUGACCAGUGAGAUCUGUCUUAAAGGGCUACCCAAGACACCCACCGGGGAAAUCCUACAGUUCAAAGGCUGGCCUUGGUUAAAAUGGGUGGUGACAGACUCUAAAUAUCUGACCAAACCCUCUAAGGAUUGGCAGCCCCACAUCCCCACAGCCAACACUGACCCUGCCUACAUAGAGUACAAGGCCAGUAAAGAGGGCACAGUGAUGGGCGUUGCUGUGUCCAAGGUCGCCAUGUUGACCCACUGCCAAGCACUGACCCAGGCCUGCAACUACUGUGAAGGAGAAACACUCGUGAAUGUCCUGGACUUUAAGAAGGACAUGGGUCUGUGGCAUGGAGUCCUGACGACUGUGAUGAACAGGAUACACACCAUCAGCGUUCCCUAUGCUGUGAUGAAGGCCUGUCCUCUGUCCUGGGUGCAGCGGGUCCACAUCCAUAAAGCUCGUGUAGCCUUGGUGAAGUGCCGGGACUUGCACUGGGCCAUGAUGGCCCACCGGGAGCAGAGAGACACCAGCCUGGCGUCCCUGCGUAUGCUCAUUGUCGCUGAUGGAGCAAAUCCCUGGUCUGUGUCGUCCUGUGACGCCUUCCUAAAUGUGUUCCAGUCCCACGGGCUGAAGCCUGAGGUCAUUUGUCCCUGUGCCACCUCACCCGAGGCCAUGACAGUGGCUAUACGCAGACCAGGCGUGCCGGGUGCCCCCCUUCCUGCCCGUGCCGUUCUGUCCAUGGGAGGCUUGAGCCACGGGGUCAUAAGGGUGAACACAGAGGACAAGAACUCUGCCCUCACCGUGCAGGAUGUGGGCCAUGUGAUGCCCGGAGCUCUGAUGUGCAUUGUCAAGCCUGACGGGCCUCCCCAGCUGUGUAAGACUGAUGAGAUAGGAGAGAUAAUCAUCAACUCCCGUGCAGGAGGCACCAUGUACUUUGGCCUGCACGGAGUUACCAAAAACACUUUUGAGGUGAUUCCAGUCAAUGCCAGCGGGGCUCCCAUCGGAGAGAUUGCAUUUGUGAGGUCGGGACUCCUGGGGUUUGUUGGCCCGGGCAGUCUGAUCUUUGUGGUGGGUAAGAACGAGGGCCUGUUGAUGGUGAGCGGACGUAGGCACAAUGCCGAUGACCUAGUGGCCACCGCCCUGGCCGUAGAACCAGUCAAGACCGUGUACCGCGGCAGGAUCGCUGUGUUUUCAGUAACAGUGUUCUAUGAUGAGAGGAUAGUGAUCGUGGCGGAGCAGAGGCCAGAUGCCAGUGAGGAGGACAGUUUCCAGUGGAUGAGCAGAGUGCUACAAGCUAUAGACAGUAUCCAUCAAGUGGGCCUGUACUGUCUGGCCCUGGUCCCUGCAAACACCUUACCCAAGACCCCUCUGGGAGGGAUCCACAUCUCCGAUACCAAGCAGUUCUUCUUGGAUGGCAACCUGCACCCCUGCAACAUCCUGAUGUGCCCCCAUACCUGUGUCACCAACCUGCCCAAACCCCGCCAGAAGCAGCCAGUGGGCGUGGGUCCAGCCUCCAUCAUGGUGGGCAACCUGGUGGCAGGGAAGAGGAUUGCCCAGGCUUCCGGCAGGGACCUGGGCAUGAUUGAAGACCAGGACCUGGUCAGAAAGCAUCAGUAUUUGACAGAGGCGCUACAAUGGAGGGCACAGACGGACCCAGACCACAUUCUCUUUGUGCUGCUCAAUGCCAAGGGGGUAGCAGUAUGUACCGCCACCUGUGCUCAGCUUCACAAGCGAGCGGAGAAGAUCGCCGCCGCGCUGACCGAGAAAGGCAGUAUCAACACCGGAGAGAACGUUGUGCUCCUCUAUCCCCCAGGAAUUGACUUGGUCGCCUCCUUCUACGGCUGUCUCUACGCUGGCUGUGUUCCUGUAACCGUCAGACCUCCACACCCUCAGAACCUGGCAGCCACGCUGCCCACUGUCCGCAUGAUUAUCGAUGUCAGUAAGGCAGCAUGCAUUCUCACUACUCAGCAUCUGAUGAGGAUUCUACGCUCCAAAGAGGCCGCUGCCACUGUCAACAUUAAAACAUGGCCGACAAUCAUAGACACAGAUGACCUCCCUCGCCGCCGUCCGCCACAGAUCUAUAAGCCGCCCACUGCAGAGAUGAUUGCCUACCUGGACUUCAGCGUGUCCACUACAGGCAUGCUCACUGGGGUCAAGAUCUCCCACGCCGCGGUCAGUGCUCUUUGUCGCUCCAUCAAGCUGCAGUGUGAACUUUACUCUUCUCGCCAAAUCGCCAUCUGCCUGGACCCUUACUGUGGCCUGGGUUUCGUCUUGUGGUGUCUUGCCAGCGUGUACUCAGGCCACCAGUCCAUCCUGAUCCCCCCCUUUGAGCUGGAAGGCUGCCUGUCUUUGUGGCUGGGCACGCUCAGUCAGUACCGCAUCAGAGACACCUUCUGCUCCUACUCCGUCAUGGAGCUCUGCACUAAAGGCCUGGGCACACAGACGGAGGUGCUGAAGGCGCGGGGUGUGAACCUGUCGUGUGUGCGGUCCUGUGUGGUGAUAGCAGAGGAACGCCCUCGCCUGGCCCUCACACACUCCUUCUCCAAGCUCUUCAAGGACCUGGGACUGUCCCCCAGAGCCGUCAGCACCGCGUUCGGCUCCAGGGUCAACCUGGCCAUCUGCCUGCAGGGCACCACCGGACCCGAUCCCUCCACGGUGUACGUGGACAUGAAGUCCCUCCGCCAUGACAGGGUGAGGCUGGUGGAGAGAGGAGCACCCCAGAGCCUUCCUCUAAUGGAGUCUGGAAAGAUAUUGCCGGGUGUCCGAGUGAUAAUUGUGAAUCCAGAGACCAGAGGCCCACUUGGGGACUCCCAUCUAGGAGAGAUCUGGGUGAACAGCCCUCACAAUGCCAGUGGCUACUACACCAUCUAUGGAGAGGAGAGCCUGCAGGCUGACCACUUCAACACCAAGCUCAGCUUCGGAGACCCACAGACCCUAUGGGCCCGGACCGGGUACCUGGGCUUUGUGAAGAGGACCGAGCUGCUGGAUGCCAGCGGAGAUCGCCAUGACGCCCUUUUUGUGGUGGGGUCGCUCGACGAGACGUUGGAGCUGCGGGGUCUGCGCUACCACCCCAUUGACAUAGAGACCUCCAUUUCCCGGGGUCACCGCAGCAUCGCUGAAAGUGCCGUGUUCACGUGGACCAACCUGCUGGUGGUGGUGUCGGAGCUGUGCGGUUCGGAGCAGGACGCGCUGGACCUGGUGCCGCUGAUCACCAACGUGGUCCUGGAGGAGCACCACCUCAUUGUGGGCGUGGUCGUCAUCGUUGACCCCGGGGUCAUACCCAUCAACUCCAGAGGGGAGAAGCAACGCAUGCACCUCCGGGACUCUUUCCUCGCCGACCAGCUGGACCCCAUUUACGUGGCGUACAACAUGUGAGGGGUUGAGCUCGGCAGAUCCUGUACCGUCCGGCCACCAGACAGUCGUCCCAGCUGUUCGCUGCUGGCUCCUCAUCCAGCACGACGGAGCAACAUGGACGCCGUGAGAGACAGAGGACACGGCAUCUACUCUACGUACUAAACCCAAACCUUCUACCACUACCCGUGUUUUUUAUUUAUUUUUUUGGAUUUUUUUUCUCCCCAGUUGUACCCGGCCUAUUACCCCACUCUUCUGCACCGUCCCAGUCGCUGGUCCACCCCCUCUGCCGAUCCGGGGAGGGCUGCAGACUACCACAUGCCUCCUCCCAUACAUGUGGAGUCACCAGCCACUUCUUUUCACCUGACAGUGAGAAGUUUUACCAAUCCCCCCUCCCCCACGAACAGGCGCCCCGACCGACCAGAGGAGGCGCUAGUGUAACGACCAGGACGCAUACCCACAUCCGGCUUCCCACCCGCAGCCACGGCCAUUGUGUCUGGAGGGGACGCCCGACCAAGCUGGAGUUAACACGGGGAUUCGAACCGCCAAGCCCCGUGUCAGAAGGCAACAGAAUAGACCGCCACGCUACCCGGAUGCCCCACUACCACUACACAUGUGAGAGCGAGCCUGGCGUGUCGGAGAUAUUCACUGUGUUGUACAGACGACUUGUACAAAUGGGACUGAGCCAGCGAGACCGAAGACGUCACGACUGUUUCACUGCAGUCAACAAAAAAUGUUUUGGAUGUGGUUGAUGUCUCUUUCUCUCCCAACCCCCCCCCCUCCCCAAGCACCUUAACUACCGCCGUCCCUCCCCAAGCACCUUAACAACCCCUCUCCCUCCCCAAGCACCC